AUGGUCCACCAGGAUCUGGAAACGUUGUACCAGGAGCUUGUUGACAUUCACGAUGCGCUGCUGGACUUCAAACCACUCGUCGAGGCGCCCCCGAUCCUCGACUCAUCCUCCAUCGACUCGGAUCCGAACGAUGACGGGCAAUGGCUGAAGCACGAGAACAUCCCCGGGAUCAAGCACCUCAGAGAGUCGAUACGGAUGGACAUCGAUUUCCUCUCCGAUCCAAAAUCCGCGCAGGAGCAGCCCGUGUCGACGCAUGCGCCAUACCUCGUCGCGGUAUUCACCGAGCUGCUGUGCGCCCCGGCGCCUGUCAUCGCGCUCUUCAAGUACAUGCACCUCGUCGACAGCAGCCACAAGCGCGCGAAUUUGAAAGAAAAGAAACAUCACCGCAUGCCCUCCGCCAAGGUCGACGUCGUCGCGGAGAACGGGCGGCAGUGGAUCAGGAUCAACACGAUCAAAAACGCGGCUCUGCUGGCGGAGUUCCGCGAGAUGGACUCGUACCUGACCGACUCUGACGACUCGGAGCCGGACACGAGCGAUCCGGACUACAAACCCAGCCUCGCGCCGUCCGAGUUCACGAACUCCAUCCUGAAGAUGGGCCAGGGGCUGCUCGACGCGGCCCAGGCGAAUCCGACGCCAGAGCCCGUGCGCAUCACGAUGCGCCUCACGCGCCUGGACCCCGUCGGCAAGCCGCACGAUCCGCGCAUCGCGCAGACAAUACAGUGUCUGAUGGACAUGGGCAUCGCCGUCGAGCUCGGCGAACGCCCGAUGCCGCUGCCGCGCGACUUGUCGGCCUGCCGCGCCCCGCCCGCGCCGCGCCAAAUCUGCCCCACGCGCCGCAUCAGCCUGGACCUGUCUGUGCUCGUGGCGCUCGCGUCGGACCUGACGCACGCGGCGCUGCCGGCCGAUGCGCAGGAGGCCGCGGCGCGCUUCAAGCCGCCGACCGUGUACCGGGACUGGAAACCCGACGUCGUUGGCGGCGGCGGCGGGGACCACGCGAGCGAUAUCCAGCGGCACGUGCGGAUUAUCACGUUGCAGGCGCUGCAGGAGAUGGACAAGCCGCUGAUCGAGCAGAUACACAAGCAGCUGGCGCUGCUCCCCGAGCCGGUCGAGUUCUGGACGAGCGACGACGCCCGGGAGCGGUGUUUGCGGAUCGUGACGCGGAUCGGGAGCAGUUCGGAGAUCCGACGCGCGGAGGCGUUAUUCUCUGGGGCCGAGUCGACGUUCUGGGACGGCUCCCGCUAUGCCGCUGGCUUCGUCCAGUUGUUUCCGAUCCGCCUCUAUCCGAAUCCGCCCCAGCUGCCUCUCAAAGGAGCGCUGCUCCCGCACCCGAAAUUCUUCACCUACAUGGCGAAGGUCUGCCAAGAUCUGCUGGAAGACCCCGUCGUCCCCAAAAGCACGAAGGGCCCGCGUCUAAAUGUUGGGGUCCUCGGCGAUAGCGAGCUGCAGCCCGCCAAGAUCAACUCGAAAUUGUCGCCGAACGCCGUGAAGAGCAUGCUGCGCGGCGCCGAACUCGGCUGGACGACGCUGACGACGACCAAGUCGAGUGUCCGCGCGCUGCUGCGGGAGGUGCGCGCCUCGCGUCUGAACGGCCGGCUUCCCGAUGAUCGUGGGAGCAGCAGCAGCAGCAGCAGCAGCAGCGACGCGGAUGUGGCUAGUGCUGUGCUAUGGGUAGUAGAUCCGAGGAAUCUACAGUGCUUUGCGACCUAG